UUUCUGCAAAAUCCUCCGAACACAGAUCUACAGAAGAACAAUUUGUUAUUUUUCAGGUAAAAGUAGUCUACAACAGAGGAUAGAUUGCGGUGAUAAUAUCGUGUAGCCUACGCGUCAUGUUAAUGUAAAGUGAACUACUGUAUAUCCGCCUAUAAUUUAUGUGAUUUUUUUUGUCACAACACUUCCGGAUAUGCGGGCGCUGGUUUUCAAGGAGAAAAAACAUUUUUGCCGAAACUGGAAGUCCGUCUUUUAACAAUCGGUUAUAGUUGCAGAACGACUGAAUGUUUUGUUACAUGGUCACCGUACCAAUUUUGUUACAUUGUUGCUAGCCUUGGGAAUGCGGAAACAUCCAAAUUAGUGGGCUUUUGAAGAGAUUAUCCCGAUACAACAAAUACUGUGGAAACUGUUUUUUGACCAGUGUAUGGAUUUUUUCUUUUUUACACUUUCCACCCAUAAAUACCGAUAUGCAGAUAGUCUUUUUAUUUAUAGUUUCUCUAUUUUUAACGAAUGGUGCAACAAAACCGCCUGCGGAGGUUGUAGAUCCUGAAUAUGACUUUCUCAGUUCCAUGCUUUCAGACUUUGAGGUGCUGCCCCUCGCCAGUCUCCAGACUCACUCGGUCCGGCGACGGGACCUCCAGACACAGACCCACGUGGAACGACAUCUCAGCUUCACUGCCUUACAGAGGCAUUUCAAGCUGUACCUGAGGACCAACACGGAGCUGUUCACAGAGGACUUCAGGGCCGUGUUCGUGGAUGAGGAUGGACAGGAGGACAGUUACGAGGUCAACAGACAGAACUUUUUCACCGGCCAUGUCAUAGGGGAGGAGAACUCCAGAGUGCAGGCGCAUAUCGAUGACAAUGACUUCUCGGCACACAUCCUCACUGACGGAGCAGAGUACAACAUUGAGCCCCUGUGGAGGUUCACGUCGGCGCCCCCCGAUGGCCGUUUGUUGAUAUACCGCCCUGAGGACAUAAGGAACAUCAGCCGACUGGCCUCGCCCAAAGUCUGUGGCUACGUGAAGACUGACUCCAAUGACCUGCUGCCUGAGAGCAUGAGAUCAGCUAGACUGGAGGAGGAAGGUGAGGAGGAGCCCCUGGUCAGAGAGAAGAGACAGGUCCAUGACCACAAGAAGAACACUUGUCCUUUACUCCUGGUGGCUGACCAUCGCUUCUUCCAAGAGAUGGGCCGUGGCGAGGAGAGCACUACCCUCAACUACCUGAUCGAGCUGAUUGACCGCGUGGAUGACAUCUACAGGUCGACGUCGUGGGAUGACGAGUAUAAAGGAUACGGGGUUCAGAUCCAACAGAUCAUCAUUGAGAAGCUCCCCACCCGCGUACCUCCAGGGGAGGCCCACUUCAACAUGAGGGGAAGUCCCGUAGAGGGUAAGGAUGUCUGGGACGUGAAGAAGCUUUUGGAGCAAUUCAGUGUGGACAUAGCAGACAACGCGUCCAAGGUGUGUCUGGCUCACCUGUUCACCUACCAGGACUUUGACGAGGGGACCCUGGGCCUGGCCUACGUGGCCCCCUCCAGACAGGGCAUCCCUGGGGGCCUCUGCUCAGAGAAGUGCCCUCCGUCAUCGCCUGAGACGAGAGCUAUUUAUCUCAACACUGGGCUCACCAGCACUAAGAACUAUGGGAAAACUAUUCUGACCAAGGAGGCAGACCUGGUGACGACUCACGAGCUGGGCCAUAACUUUGGGGCAGAGCAUGACCCUGAUAACAUCCCCUACUGUGCUCCCAGGGAAGACCAGGGGGGCAAAUAUGUCAUGUACCCCAUCGCUGUGAGCGGAGACCACGUCAACAACAAGCUGUUCUCCGACUGCAGUAAGAUCUCCAUUGUGAAGCGUCUGAGGAACAAGGCUCCAGUGUGCUUCAGGGAGAGGAACAGUAACGUGUGUGGGAACAGCAGGGUGGAACAGGGUGAGGAGUGUGACCCGGGACUGCUGCACAUCAACGACGACCGCUGCUGUACCUCCGACUGCAAGCUCCGCCCCACAGCCAAGUGCAGUGACAGGAACAGUGCAUGUUGUAAGCUGUGCCAGUAUGAGAAGGAGGGCAAGGUGUGCCAGGAGCCCAUCAGUGCCACCUGUAAGGGCAAGUCCUACUGCACAGGCAACAGUAGUGAUUGUCCGUCUCCUGAGAACGCCCCUGACAAGACGGUGUGUUUGGACAACGGAGAGUGUCUGGACGGUGUGUGUAUCCCCUUCUGUGAGGCCGUCAAGAACCUGCAGUCCUGCGCCUGCAAUGAAACCAACUCGUCAUGUAAAGUGUGCUGUCGUAGCACCAGUGGAGUGUGCGCCCCAUACCAGGACGACGGAGGGGACUUCAUCUACCUCCGCAAGGGCAAACCCUGCACUGUGGGCUUCUGUGACGGAGCAGGUAAAUGUAUGAAGCAAGUCCAGGAUGUCAUUGAGAGGCUGUGGGAUUUCAUUGACAAGCUGGACAUCAACACAUUUCGGAAGUUUUUGGCGGACAACAUCGUGGGCUCUGUGGUGGUCUUCUCCUUGGUCUUCUGGGUCCCCCUCAGCAUCCUGGUUCACUGUAUGGAUAAAAAACUGGAUCAGCAGUAUGAACAGACCACCAAGUCUCUGCUUUUCCCCAGUAAUGCAGAGUUUAUGAGCAGUCUGGAGUCAGCCUCUGUGCGGAUCUUCAAACCCCCCGCCAUCUCAGCCCUGCGCUUCCAGGCCUCUGGCCCCCAGCAGACCAGCACUCCCCCCAUCCAAGCCCCAGCUCCAGCUCAAACCCCUGGGGCCCUAGCCCCAACCUCCACUCCCAGCCCCAGCCAGAGUCCCUUGCCCCCCCUGGAGAGCCCACGCAUGGCCACCAUCCAGGAGGACCCCAGCUUUGACUCCCACCUGGAUGAAGAGGCUCUGGAGGGUGACUUUCCCAUGGGGAGUUCGGCUCCACACUCCUUUGAGGAUCUGACAGAGCACGGACCCCUGGCCCGACGCAGCGACAAGGCCCUGUCCUUCAGACUCCAGAGACAGGCCCGCAUCAACAGCAAGGAGACAGAGUGCUGAGAGAGAGAGGGAGGGGGAGAGAGGGGUAGAGAGAUAAAGACGGCUCUUAACACAGGAGACUGAGAAAGAAAACGGGAGAAAGAGACUGGAGGAGGAAAGGACAGAGCGUGGGAGAGGAAGCUCACCCAAUCAGCACUGAAGGGCAGACCACAGAGUAAAACAAGCAGGACUUGUCUGAUACAAUAUGUGGGCUGAGUUAUAUAAUGUAUUAUAUGGAGUUGGAGAGCAGCUUCAGUUGAAAAUAGGAUCCCACUGGGCUAAAAUGAAACCUAUUGAGCAUUGAAAAGCCAAAUUCUUCAAAACUGAAAUUAAAAAUCAACAUUGUUUCAUCUAUGAAAGAUUGACAAUCUAGUCUAGAAUUUUCUUGGUAAAUUGUAGUGCCUGACUAAUAAGAAGUAGCCGACUGCGAUGACCAGGUUAUAUUGAUGUUGUUCUGGUUUCAGAUGAUUUAUUGUUUAAGAUAUCCUGGCUUGCUCACUUGCGCAGCCUGGCAUAUGAACAUGUUACGCAAUGCCUCCAUUUAUGUAUUUGAGUUGGUUGAUGUCUGUAAUAUCAGUAGCCUGGUGCUAGUUAAUGUACUUUGUGGCAAAGCAAUAUAACACUACUUGACCUCUUUGCUCUUCGUAACCAUGACAACAUGUAACCUCGUGGGGGAAAAAAUGAAUUUAUCAUGGAGAAGUCAAGAAAAAUGUUACAAAGAAUUUCAUUUGUUGGGAGAGCCUGGUUGGUUGUAACUAAUAACAAAACCAGCAUAAUGUUUACUGUUCAAUCCUGUGAACCGUAGUCUGAACCAGUAUUACUCAUAGAGAUAGAUGGAGGACUCAUCUUUGUAACUGUGCCAUUAUAGCGCCUGUGACCGCAUGGGUAGCGCGUUGAGGUUAUCUCCAUUUUGAGGUAAGUCAAUUUUCUUCUUAACGAUUGGCUGAUCCCUCCUGAUGACUUGACUCCAACAGGGUCACCAGGAGGGAUCAGCCAAUAAAGUUGGA